UUCACUAGCUUGUAUGUGUUAGCUUAGCCCCGUUAGCAGCUAACUAGGCGCUCGUGCUGGUAGCGUUUAGCUAGCCUCUGCAAGAUGGCGGCAUACACAUCCUCAUCGAGCUUUUCUUUUUCUCUUAGAUGCCUUUAACCAAACCUGCUUUUUCUUUUACUAAACGGGGAUUCAAGAAAAAAAUACACAGGAGCCCACCUGCACGUGAUGUUGUUUAUGUGUAAUUAUUUUGCUUUAUUUCUCCCGGAAUUCGCGUUUCUUCAGCCACCGGCGUCCGUCUAUUUAUUUUCUUCUCGUGAUGAAAAGCGUCGUUUGCCGCUAAAAUGGCGGUUCGCGCAGAUUUGAGCGGCUAACAUGCUAACCGGCCAACAUUAAUCACACGCUAUACUUUUGGAUUCCGAAGCGCACAAACACUAAUAUUUGUUAUAGUGUGAUUUUUAGUACCUUUGGGGCAGUAUUUGGCCAGAAAUAACCUUGUGGAAUUCGAACAGAAUUUGGUGACCUAGUUAGCUCGCGCGAAGGCUACAUUGUACUAGCGGGCUAAUCCGGUUAGCACAGAGUUUUUGACACACGAAUGCUGUUGAAAUCCGAACUAAAACCAGCGCUGUCCGUGGGAUUUGUGUUUCGCUAGAGAAGUGGACAUGGCUUCUUCAGGCACCUCGGCUCUGCAGCCGCGCUGGAAGAGGGUUUUGGGCUGGUCUGGCCCGGUUCCUCGCCCAAGACACGGACACCGAGCUGUGGCCAUUAAAGAGCUGAUGGUGGUGUUCGGCGGAGGGAAUGAAGGCAUUGUGGAUGAGCUGCACGUCUACAAUACAGCCACCAAUCAGUGGUUUAUUCCUGCUGUCAGGGGUGACAUUCCUCCCGGCUGCGCUGCAUAUGGAUUUGUGUGUGACGGCACCAGACUCCUUGUGUUUGGGGGCAUGGUUGAGUACGGAAAAUACAGCAAUGAUCUUUAUGAACUACAGGCCAGUAGAUGGGAGUGGAAACGUUUAAAGCCCAAAGCCCCCAAAAAUGGCCCACCACCAUGUCCUCGCCUGGGACACAGCUUUUCUCUAGUUGGAAACAAAUGCUACUUAUUUGGUGGACUGGCAAAUGACAGUGAAGAUCCCAAAAACAAUAUUCCCAGAUACCUGAAUGACCUCUACACACUCGAACUACGCCCAGGGUCAAGCGUAGCAGGCUGGGAAAUGCCUAUUACGUACGGUGUGCUUCCCCCUCCUCGCGAGAGCCACACCGCUGUUGUCUACACAGAGAAAACGUCCAAAAAGUCUCGUCUCAUCAUCUACGGCGGGAUGAGUGGCUGCCGCCUUGGAGACCUUUGGACUUUAGACAUAGAUACUUUAACCUGGAACAAACCUGCCAUAAGUGGAGUGGCACCUUUGCCCCGCAGUCUCCACUCUGCAACCACUAUAACCAACAAGAUGUUUGUGUUUGGCGGAUGGGUCCCUCUGGUUAUGGAUGAUGUCAAAGUAGCCACACACGAGAAGGAGUGGAAGUGCACAAACACUUUGGCAUGCUUAAAUCUAGACUCAAUGUCUUGGGAAACCAUCUUGAUGGACUCUCUCGAGGAUAAUAUCCCACGGGCCAGAGCUGGACACUGCUCUGUUGCUAUUAACAAUAGGUUAUACGUCUGGAGUGGAAGGGACGGCUAUCGCAAAGCCUGGAACAACCAAGUUUGCUGCAAAGAUCUGUGGUAUUUGGAGACAGAUCGUCCUCAACCCCCAUCACGUGUUCAGCUGGUCCGUGCCAACACUAACUCUCUGGAGGUGAGCUGGGGGGCAGUGCCUACCGCCGACACUUAUCUGCUGCAGCUACAGAAAUACGACAUCCCUGCUGCAACAGCUGCCACAUCGCCUACGGUCAACCCCGUCCAGUCGUUACCCAUCAACUCCCCUAGGAGUCCGGUGCCCGCCACUGCUGCUCCUGCAGCUCAGAGCAUGCCUCUCUCUGGGGUCACACUGGUGCCACAAGUCCCUUCCCCCACAACCGCCAUGCCAACCAGCCCGCUUGCUGCCUCACCUCGUGGACCAGCUAUUCUUAAAGUGGCAGCGCCUCAUUCGACCCCCGGGACGUCAGUCGUUACUGUGCGUCAGGCCACUCCUGGAGGAAAAUCCCCAGUCACGGUUACAUCACUUCCUGCAGGCGUCCGCAUGGUUGUCCCCGCACAGAGCACCCAGGGGACGCCAAUUGGCAGCAGCCCUCAGAUGAGUGGCAUGGCUGCUUUGGCUGCAGCUGCAGCCGCCACACAGAAGAUCCCGCCCUCUUCCACUGUGCUAAAUGUUCCAGCUGGAGCCACCAUCAUGAAAACCGUCAAUGUUACUCCUGGAUCCACAACUCUGCCGGCUACUGUCAAAGUAGCUUCACCUGUAAUGGUUACUAAUCCUGCGACCCGAAUGCUAAAAACAGCUGCAGCCCAGGUCGGCACUUCCUCUAUCUCUACUCCCAACACCCCGAAUCGACCAAUCAUCACUGUGCACAAAUCAGGCACAGUAACCGUAGCUCAGCAGGCCCAGGUUGUUACCACCAUGGUCGGAGGAGUCACCAAAACUAUAACCCUAGUUAAGAGCCCCAUCACAAUGGGUAGCAGCGGUGCUCUGAUCUCCAGCCUUGGGAAGAUGAUGUCUGUUGUCCAAACCAAACCAGUACAAACAUCUGCGGUCACCGGACAGGCUGGAGGCAGUCCUGUCACUCUAAUUCAAACAAAGACUCCUCUGCCUGCUGGUACCAUCCUGAAAUUGGUCACAUCUGCGGAUGGCAAGCCCACCACAAUCAUUACAACUUCCCAGGCUGGAGGGGCUGGCACCAAACCUACUAUCCUGGGCAUCAGCAGUGUCUCUCCAAAUACCGCCAACAAACCAGGCACCACCAUUAUUAAAACAAUCCCUAUGUCUGCUAUACAACAAGGAGCAACAGGUGUGACUAGCAGUACUGGCAUGAAGUCACCCAUCACGUAUAUCACCACUAAGGUUGUUACUCCUGGCACGGGUACUCCGGGGAAAAUCAUAACAGCUGUGCCUAAGCUAACAGCAGGUGCAGGACAACAGGGGGUCACACAGGUGGUCUUGAAGGGGGCACCAGGACAGCCCGGCACUAUAUUACGCACUUUGCCAAUGGGCGGAGUGCGUCUGGUUUCACCAGGGACUGUGUCUGCCGGCAAACCAACAGUUACCACACUGGUCGUCAAAGGCACCACGGGAGUUACAACUCUGGGUACAGUAACUGGUACUGUAUCAACUAGUGCGGCAGGGGUCAAUGUGGCAAGUGCUAAUGCCAGCCUGGCUACUCCUGUCACCACACUUGCCUCCAUCGCCACUUUGUCCAACCAGGUGAUCAAUCCCACGACCAUCACUGUAUCUGCUGCCCAGACCAGUCAAGCCACCGCUACAAUACAAUCGGCACCCCAGCCUACUCAAGUAACCCUGAUCACGACUCCAAGUGGUGCUGAAGCCCAGCCUGCACAGGAUCUUCCUGUCUCCAUCCUGGCCUCUCCCACCUCAGAGCAGCCCUCCACCACUGGUGCUGAUGCUGGUGACGGCGCUGGCGACAGUGCUGCCACCGUGACACUGGUCUGCUCCAACCCACCAUGCGAGACCCAUGAGACUGGUACAACCAACACGGCUACAACGGCUUCUGCCAAAAUGGGCACCGGACAGGUUUGUUCCAACCCACCAUGUGAGACCCAUGAGACUGGUACAACCAACACGGCUACAACGGCUUCUGCCAAAAUGGGCACCGGACAGAUUUGUUCCAACCCUCCGUGUGAGAUGCAUGAAACGGGAACCACCAACACAGCAACCACUGCCUCUGCGAAUAUGGGCAGGGCACAGCAGGUCUGCACCAAUCCACCCUCAGAGACGCAUGAUACGGGCACCACCAACACAGCCACUACUGCCAGCUGCAACAUGGGCUCUCAAAAGAUGGGCACCGUGAACAGUAAGAAGGAUGCUUCUUCGUCAGCUUCAUCCUCAGCUUCUGGUUCAGAUCAUGAAACGCCCGCCACACAGGCUGGCACCAUGCGGCAGGAGACUCUCCGCACGGGUACCACCAACACCUCUACUACCGCCCGCUCCAACAUGGGCUCUGACCAGACGGGAACAGUGCAGAGCUCCAGCAAGAGCCAAGCUUCCAUCUCCUCUACUAUGAUUCCCGUUUGCUCCAGCCCUUCAAGUGAAACGCUGGAGACGGACACCACAAACACUUCAGCUGAGUCUGGUGAUGUCCAGCAGGUCUGCUCAAAACCACCUUGUGAGACGCAUGAAACGGGGACGGCUGAAACUGCUGCACAGUCAAGCGCCAGUAUGGAAAGUGGGCAAACUAAUGUUGUGGAGAGGGUGUGCUCCAAUCCUCCCUGUGAAACGCACGAAACGGGCACCACCAACACAUCGACCCAGGCCUCGUCUACUAUGGGUGCAGGAGAGAGUGGCACCGUGCAAACAGUGUGCUCCAAUCCUCCAUGUGAAACGCACGAAACGGGCACCACCAACACACCGACCCAGGCUUCAUCUACUAUGGGUGCAGGAGAGAGUGGCACCGUGCAAACAGUGUGCUCCAAUCCUCCUUGUGAAACACACGAAACGGGCACCACCAACACACCAACCCAGGCUUCAUCUACUAUGGGUGCAGGACAGAGUGGCACCGUGCAAACAGUGUGCUCCAAUCCUCCUUGUGAAACACACGAAACGGGCACCACCAACACACCGACCCAGGCCUCGUCUACUAUGGGUGCAGGACAAAGUGGCACCGUGCAAACAGUGUGCUCCAAUCCUCCAUGUGAAACGCACGAAACGGGCACCACCAACACACCGACCCAGGCCUCGUCUACUAUGGGUGCAGGACAAAGUGGCACCGUGCAAACAGUGUGCUCCAAUCCUCCAUGUGAAACGCACGAAACGGGCACCACCAACACACCGACCCAGGCCUCGUCUUCUAUUGGUACUGAACAAAGUGGCGCCGUGCAAACAGUGUGCUCCAAUCCUCCAUGUGAAACACACGAAACGGGCACCACCAACACAGCCACCACUUCUACAAGCAGCUUAGAAACUGGAGAAGGAACAGCCCAGCAGGGUGGUGAUGGACAGAGUGACAGCGGCACCAGCACAGAACCCACGUCAUCUACAGAACCGGCCAAUCCCACAACACAAAGCAGAGCCAUCACCACAGUAACACAGGCCACACCCACUCCAGGACCAUCAGUACCGGAGAUUUCGUCUAUGGCCGGAUCUGCGGUAGUGGCUGAUGUCCCGGGAGAGGCGGAGGCCAUGGAGCAGACCAGCGCAGAGGCCGUAGCAGCGGGAGAAGAGCCCAUGCAGACCGAGUGUCAGGGAGAGCUCAGCGAAGAGGGAGCCAUCCGGGUCGUUGCCAUCGAUGAAAGUGCAGCGGGUGACGAGGGAACCGUGCUACAGGUUCAUGUUGCCAUGGAAGCACAGCCAGGUCAAGGAGAUCAGGCUGAGAUGGAGGCCGGUGUGGAUGCUGCGGAAGCGAUGAGUCUAGCUGCUCAAGACUCAGAAGCACUCGCCCUUCCCCAGGAGCUGAUGUCUGCAGAAGGACAGCAAACUACCCUCAUGGUGACUGGACUGACCCCAGAGGAGCUGGCUGUGACGGCAGCGGCUGAGGCUGCGGCACAGGCUGCGGCAACUGAAGAAGCGCAGGCCCUCGCCAUCCAGGCCGUCCUACAGGCGGCUCAGCAGGCUGUGCUCAGUGCGGGAGACGCAGGUCAUGACGGGCACCAGUCCACCACCAUCCCUAUAGUUUUGACCCAGCAGGAACUUGCUGCUCUAGUUCAGCAACAGCAGCAGCUCCAGGAGGCGCAGGCGGCUGCAGCCCAGCAGUUGAGUGCUGAAGCGGCUGCAGCUGCACUGCCUACCGAAGGCUUGGCACCAGCAGACAGCCUCAACGACCCUGCGUCUGAGAGUAAUGGCCAUGAGAUGGCAACCGCUGUUACUAGAGCCGUGGCCAGUCUCCUUCCACGCACUUCUGCGGAGACUCUAGCCCCAUCAAGUACUUUUGCACCAUCUCAGACGAUUUUGGUCGCCAGUCCUGCCAAGAUGCAAGCAGCCAAUGCUUUAGCUGAGGUGGCCAAUGGGAUUGAAUCGGCUGCUGGGAAACCUGAAGCGCCUCCAGCAGUCGUGAGGCCUCCAGUGAAGAAAGAGAAUCAGUGGUUUGAUGUUGGUUUCGUUAAGGUCACAAACAUGGUUGUCACUCACUAUUAUGUGCCAGCUGACGAUUCAGCAGUUACUGAGGAUGAUUCUGGCACAAUCCCAGACUACAGCCGAAUGAAGAAGAUCGAACUGUCUCCAGGCACUGCGUACAAGUUUCGCGUGGCCGGUGUCAAUGCGUGCGGCCGUGGAACGUUCUCCGAGGUCUCUGCGUUUAAAACCUGCUUACCUGGCUUCCCUGGAGCGCCGUGUGCCAUCAAAAUCAGCAAGAGCCCCGAUGGUGCCCAUCUGACCUGGGAGCCUCCAUCAGUAACAUCAGGGAAGAUCAUUGAGUAUUCAGUGUAUCUGGCCAUCCAGAGCUCGCAGACGGUCGAGGCGAAAGCGUCUACUCCGGCUCAGCUUGCCUUUAUGCGGGUGUACUGUGGCCCCAACCCGUCCUGCCUAGUGCAGACGUCUAGUCUCUCCAACGCCCACAUCGAUUACACCACCAAACCCGCCAUCAUCUUCCGCAUCGCCGCCCGCAAUGAGAAGGGCUACGGCCCCGCCACGCAAGUCAGGUGGCUACAAGAAACCAAUAAAGAUGGCUCUGCGGCCAAACCUGCAGCAAAGAGGCCGGUCUCGUCACCUGAUAUGAAAGGCACUGGUCCAAAGAAGGCCAGAUCUGACCAGUGAGAGCUCACUGUGACCCCUCACUCCGCCCUCAUUAUGAGCAGAACCAUGACUGAAAUCCACUUCCUGCUGAAUGACCUUCCUGCUUCCACUUCUCACACCAUUCCAUCCUCGAAAUGCAACGAAAUGGAAGGAAACUGCAGCCAAAAAAAGGAAAACAGUUUGUUUCCAUUUUUGAGAAAUCUGCUCCCAUCACUGGACAUUUUGGUGCCAUGUGGACGCCUUAUUUCCAACUGUAUUUUUAAAAUAACCCCAUAAAUGUUCCUCCUCAAAAGCACAUACAUUUGCUUUCCUGACAAUUUUGUGUAAAGAGAUUCCAAUGGCAGCGUUCAGUCUCAUUAUGUUCAAUCUUUGUUUUCCUCCCUUGAUAUUCUUUCUUGUUUUUUUAAGCUUAUUUCAAUACAAGCAAUAGAUAAACAGAAAAAUAACUUUGCUCUUGUCAGUUUGUUGAUGAUUUAAUUAUUUGGCCAAGUCUGUGUUAAAAACGUGCUGAAAGGAGACCGGUAUACGGAAGAGGCAGUGCGGAUGACAAAACGGCGCAGGGGAAACAUCAAAAUAAAAUGAAAACUAACAGCACUUGGUGAUGCUUGUGAGGGAAAAGACUCAGAGAAUCUGUAAUUAUUCAUUCACUUCGAGUUCAGUAGCCUGUUUUUCAUCACUGUGUUCAUAUAUUUGCUGUGAGGGACAACUGAGGACUGCAACGCUGAAGACUAAAAGACUUCAAUCUAUGUAGAUGAAAAGCAUACUACUUUUGCAUUGCGUCAACCAGAUCUUGUAUAAAGAGAGAGGGAAAAAAAAUCCCCAAAAAUAGUAAAUGAUUGAUACAGGAGUUCUUUGUGUGUGGUUUAUUUUUGUAUUUUUUUUUUUUUAAAGGGUUUUCCUCAUUGUGUGUUUCAGGGCAGUUUUAAACCUCACACCUGUUCAUCGCUCAUUCCUGCUGUCUCCAUGUUUAUGGAUUUGACACGGGCUUGUCUAAUGGCCACAGUGUUUCACAUCCCAUGUUCACGUUAUGAAUCUUUAUUUUGGGAAUUGUAGUGUAAAAUAUAUGUAUUUGUUCUGGACAAUGACCCACUUUUGACAACUUUGCUUCUUUUCCCUCAGCAUUUUAUUUUUUUGUCAUUUAUAGGAUCCUGCUGCAGAAUUCCCCCCCAUUCUUGUCAAUAGUCUACAUUUCCUGUAAAUUUGCUUUUCUGAGUCUCAUUUCUUUUAUAUGCUUGGUUUUGUGAGUUUAUGGAUACGAAUUGGGAUUCUCAAGCUGUGCAGAAAAAGUUUGAACCAUUUUCAUUCUCUGCGGACUGUUUGGAGAUGAUGUUUAGGGAUGCAGGCCUGUGUAAAUGCUAAAUAGGUGGAAAUUAACAAGAGGUUUUGAUGAGUGUUUAAUGGAAGGUAGAAACAGUUUGUUCCUGUUUCUCGUGGUUGGGAAAAGAUGGAUUGUUGGUUUAGCCAGAGUUUGAGCUCCGUUGUAAAUUAGUUCUUUCACGUAGCAAGACGUAAAACGAAAAUCUCUUUGCCUUUUUUAUAUAAUUAUCUGUAACAAAAUGUUUUUACAUGUUGUCAUCUAUUGAUUGCUUUUGUGUCUUGACAUAUAAAAGUAAUGGAAUUCUG